AUGAAGAUAGUGAAGGAAAGAAGGCUAUGUUUUAAUUGUCUGGGAAACCACAAGAUUACAGACUGUAAGUCUAAAUUCAAGUGUAAAAUAUGCUCACGCAGACAUCAUACUAGUAUUUGUGGAGUAGAAAUAGCAGCCAAAUCUACAGAUAAGUAUCCUGUUAUCAACAAUGAGAAAAAGAACUCCACUUCGGUAUUACAUUCUGCUCACUCUACCACAACAGGUCCUGUAUUAUUAAAGACAGCAGUUUCCAUGGUAACCUCAAAAAGUACCUCCAUUUCCGCCAAUAUCCUAUUUGAUGAAGGUUCCCAGAGUUCAUUUAUAAGUGAACACCUAGCCCAAAAAUUACAAUUGGAGCCCACCGGAAGUGAAACAUUAUACAUGUCGGGUUUCGGAGACACAGAGCGUCGCGUGCGACAUUUAAGCAGAGCAACCGUGUAUAUAGAAACAGCAAAAGAAAAUAUUCCUAUAAAUGUUUUGAUAGUGCCUGAAAUUUCCAUGCCACUGAAAUCUUAUCACAAACAUGCUGGUCACCUUCCUUACCUGAAAGGGCUCAAACUCGCACAUCCAGUCUCAGGAGAUGAAGAUUUUGAUAUCGAGAUUCUUAUUGGUGCUGAUCAUUACUGGGACGUUAUACAAGAUCAAGUUAUUAGAGGAGACGGGCCUACAGCUAUACUAUCUAAAAUCGGAUACCUUCUAUCAGGACCAUUGAAAACAGGUACUCUAAUAAAUUCUACGUCGAUUCCCGUAUCCAUGAUGAACGUUAUUACUAUGAAAACACAAGAUGUUGUAAAUUUAGAGAAAUUUUGGGAGGUGGAGUCCAUUGGAGUUGAACUGAAACCAAACCAACAGUUAAACUUUGAGAAAACAAGAGAGUAUCAGGACAAUAGUAUUACGUACAGUAAUGGACAAUACAUUGCCAAAUUACCAUGGAAAGAUGACCAUCCUUUUCUAUCAAGUAACGAGAACAUAAGCCGACGAAGAACUAUAAAUUUUGUAAAUAGAUUGAAAAAAGACCCAGAACUUCUAAAGAAAUAUGGAGAUAUUAUUUACGAGCAGGAACAGAGAGGAUUUAUAGAGAAGGUUAUAGAGCCAUUGUCUCAUAGUAUAGACGACACAUUAGUCCCGACCCCAUUAUUACCACGACCAAAAGUACACUACAUUCCCCAUCAUCCUGUGAGAAAAAGACUCGGCAACCACACCCAUUCGUAUCGUUUAUGA